AUGGCUAAUAGAAUUGAUCAAGAGUAUGAUUAUAUUUUCAAGAUCGUAUUGAUUGGGGAUUCGGGUGUUGGGAAAUCCAACAUUUUGUCCCGAUUUACGAGAAAUGAGUUCUGCUUGGAGUCCAAAUCCACCAUUGGAGUUGAGUUUGCCACCAAAACUCUUAAGAUAGAAGGAAAGACGGUGAAGGCCCAAAUAUGGGACACAGCAGGCCAGGAGAGGUACAGAGCCAUUACCAGUGCUUACUACAGAGGGGCUGUUGGCGCACUCCUUGUUUAUGACGUAACCAAGAGACAAACCUUCGACAACAUCCAAAGGUGGCUUCAGGAAUUGAGACAACACGCAGACUCUAACAUUGUAAUCAUGAUGGCCGGAAACAAAUCCGAUCUUAACCAUCUAAGAGCAGUUGCGGAUAACGAUGGUCAAACUUUGGCUGAGACCGAAGGACUCUCAUUCCUUGAAACAUCGGCACUAGAAGCAUAUAAUGUCGACAAGGCUUUCCAGUCUAUUUUGACGGAAAUAUACCAUAUCAUCAGCAAGAAGGCAUUGGCAGCCCAAGAAGCAGCGGCUGCCACUGCACUUCCCGGCCAGGGUACCACAAUCAAUGUCAGCAUUUCACAUGGGAAUACCAAGAGGGGCGGCUGCUGUUCUACUUGA